GCAAACAAACCAUCAGCGGUAUUUUCUCAACAACGAAAAUGCAAGUAAUUUCUCCUCGCUUCCCCUCAUCUUCUCCUCUCUUUCUCCUCAACUCCAAUCAACUUCCAAGAAUCAGCAGCAUCAAUGGCAGGCGCCGCCUUCUUCCUUCUCCUCCCCGAAGCGCCACUGACAGAGAUGAACCUCAGCAGCAGCAACUGGAGUCGGAUAAGGCCAAGGCCCGCGAGGCCCUGAAGAAGCUGGACCAGCAGCUGGAGUCCAUGGUGGAGAGAGAACAGACCCAAGAACCCAAAUCAAUGAGGCCCCCUUCCCCUUAUGAUGAUUUAGAUCUUGAGAGAGAUGCGAUAACUGGCAUGAGGAGCGACGAGGAAUUGCCUGAGAUGUCAAGAUCGUACCUUUCAUAUUCUGCUGUUGCACUCCUAAUCAUUACUAUCUUCAACAACAUAAUUUUUAAUUUCUUCAUCAAACCGUCAGUUGAUGGCAACGAGCGAUCUUCGCCAAUCGAAAGAGUGCCUCUAGAGGAGCCUUGAAGACCAGAAGCAUGUGCCUCAGCUCUAUGAGACUGGUAAUUUGUAGUCUACAAUCCUAAUUCUCCACAAGAACUGCCGUAUUAUUAUUAUUAUUAUUAUUUAAUAUUGAUGGCUCAAUACGUUUCAACUGUACAUUCAGAAUGCAGUUUUUUUUUUUUUGCCGAAAGUGAUGGCAUAUGAUUUCAUAUACGAAGUGAACCUUGUUACGAAUAAAUUAUGGUUUGAAGAUGUAACUAAAGAGUUUUUUGGGUUGUUCUACA